AUGCCCCGUGUCGCGAAGAGGCAGGCCCUCAGUAGUUCCAGUAGUGCCGCGACAAGCACCUCGAUUGCGGCAACUACUACUCCCGUGGCAACUACUACUCGUACCCGAUUCGGUUUCUUUGAUGGUCCAGAUGACGAUCCAUUCUCGGGCGACCUACCUGGCAGCAGCAGCACCACCAGGGGAGGAGGUCUUGUUCCUACCCUCCCUACCACGACCGCCCGCGGAGGGCUUUUGGAUCCAUUGCUGGGAUUAGGUCCAACACGUACUACUUCACUCUCCUCAUCCUCAACGUCUUCGUCCGUGGCGUCAACGACGACCUCAGCAUCCACUACCAGCACUACCUCCGCUUCUGACACUCUGACUACGAGCUUAGCCACUGAAUCAACCACAAUCUCUAUCUUUGAAUCAUCCUCCAAUGGUCAGAUCAUGACAAUCACGUCUUUCGUCCAGGUUCCCGCCGCAGCUGAAACCUCUGCGAGCCCCGGUGGGGCCAAGCCCCAGCCCAAGGGCUUCCUCGACAACAAACCCUUGUCUGGAGUUGUUUUUGCUCUGUGUGGCUUAGCUGGACUUAUUCUGAUCAUCAUGAUCGCGACUUGCGCUAUGCGGAGGAGACAGAGGAAGAAGUUGAUGAACGAGGCGAUUUCCUUCGACCCAGCCAACAUGCUCGAUCCAUAUAGUCCAGGAAAGGAGGAGGGGACUAUGGGCUUGGAAAGGACCCAUUCUACAGAGAAGCGGAUGAGUGUCAGCAGCUCUGGACAUGGUCACGGCGCUUCUAAUGACGGUGCGUACGGUGGUGUGGCAUCUACGGGGCACGCACACACGACCUAUGGUGUACCUGCCUUGACGUAUGGCUCAACUGCUCGUCAACCGCAAUACCAUCAGGCAACUUACGCAGAGCACCAAACGGCUGAACACCACGGUUAUUACGGUCACGAUCAAUCUCAGGAGCAAUGGUACGGUGCUGCAGCGCACGCGCAGCAUGGUGGCUGGCAAGAUCAAGCGCAGUACCCAGCCUACGCCAACUACGGACAGCCGGAGCCCCCAAUGUCUGCCGCAAGUGCUGCAACAGUUCAUCCACCCGCUCCGCCUGGUAUCGCCAACCAGCCUCCAUACAGUUACAAGAACCCGCCCUCGCUUCCGCAGCUCAACUUCAUAGGUGCCUCACCCCCGGCGUCCUCUGGACACGCGGGGAUCCUCAAUAGCCCCAUUCUCGCUAGUGCCCGACGUGCUUCGUCUAUGCUCGCACGCGGCCCAGCGACUCCUACCGCUGCUUCCGUGGCUCGUUCGGCUACUGUCGCAUCAUCCGCACCCUACUCAGCGUCUCAAACGUCUGAUGUAACGCGGUCGAAGUCGUCUCUGUCGCAUGAGACAGAUAGCUCGGAAUCAGGGGGGAACACUUCCCCCACGAAACACGGGCGGUCACAUUCGAGGGAACUAGACCCUGCAAUGCCCACGCUGCCGCUCUCGCCCAUGUUGCCUGCAACGUUUGGACGGUCUGAUGAAGAGGAUAGCAGGCCGAAUCGCGGCAGUGUCCAUGAUGAUGACGCGAGGUACUUGGGCCGAGGUCCUUUGAAGGUCGGUUGA